AUGUAUUAGGACGAGAACAUUAUCACUAUUGCAAAAGGGCGUAUAACUGAAAACUACUUAAUAUUAAAAAUUGAUAAAUCCCUUCAGUAAAUUCUAUGGUGGGGUAAUUCAAUAAUAUCAGGCCAAAGUGCCCUUCAAUUGACAGUAGUUUAAACUGAAUCAGGCAUAUUUGAACUUAAUAAAAGAUUCCCUUAUGAUAAAACUCUUUUUGGUAUAUAUCCACAUAUAAUGAAAAUUGACUCAGAGUAUAACUACCUCAUUGCCUGUUUAUAAUCUAAAGAUUUGAAGAACUUAAUUGGAUUUUUAAUUCUGGAAAAUGAAAUGGUUAAAGAAAUUCUUUUCACCUAUAUUCGAGAAACAAAUGCUUUUCCACCUCUUCACACUAUGAAGGUGAUUAAACUUACUCUUACUAAAUUCUUCUUACCUGACAUUACGCUUGAUGUAAAUUGGAGUGGUACAGAGUUUGGAUGUUUAGGCUUCUCUGAUCUCCAAACAUUUUAAUAAAGCUAAUUAUCUAAAGUUGAAAUGACAAACCUUUUAAAUACAUUUGUAGAUGACGACGAAGUUCCAAAUAACACUUGCGAUGUUAAUUAGCUUUACAAUAUAGCAAAUAUUCCGGUUUUGUCAAUAGAUUUUAGACCUUAUCAGUUGGAUUUGAUUGACAAACAAAAUUGUACUUUAACUGAGGGAAUGCCAACUAUUAGUUUUAACUAAGGAAAUUCAGUUGCAAAAAAUAACACCUUAUGCUUCAUAGAUUUUCAUUGCAGUUUAGAUAUUGGCCAAUAUCAUAUGCCUGAAUGCUCAGAUAUUAGUGAAAUUAAAGUUAUUAUAAAAGAUUUGGCUUUAGAUGAGGUACAAUUUAACAAAGAAUAUACACUAAAUACCAGUAUUCAUUACAUCUUUCCUUACGACCUCUAAGAAUACAAUGAUGCUUUGACUUAAAAAAGGAUUUAAUUAGGAGAUCAUUUCUUAAAGUUGACAGCGAGUCUUAAGUUUGCUAAUGGCUUUGUUUAUUCAAGCUAGGAAAACGUAUUUAAGGUAAAAGUUGCUUAUUGCUAUGAGUAUCUAAAAUUUUCAAAAUCUCCAAACUUUGAAAGUAUGUACUAUAUGAUAGCUUCUGAAACUCAAAAGUAGAAAUUUUUACCAUAUUAAUAUUGGCCAGAGGGCUGUGGAAACUUAAACUAUCGAGUAUUUCUUAGUGGUGGGGAGAGAUUACCUAAUUGCAUUAAUUUCAAUGGUCUAAAUAGAUUAAUUACAGUGGAUUGUACAGACUCUAAACUAGGCGGAAAUUAAUAUAAUCUAAGCAUUUAAGCUUUUAUUACUGACAAGAAUGGCUCUGAAAGAGCUAGCUCAGCUAUCAGUUAGAUUAAAAUUGUUUUAAUUUCUGAUGCUUUCAAGAUUAAUACUACUGCUCCAAUGUUUAAUCAACCACCUGCAGAUCAAACAAUUAUAGAGGGAUAGUUAUUUUCCUUCAAACUUCCAGAUAUUAUAGAUAAUGAUGGUUCAGGAUAUUAAAUUACGUCAAGUUUUGAUAGUUCAGGAGCUUUUGCUAAAUAAAGUUAGGGAAUGAUUGAAUUCUCGCCUGAUGUAGGUUUUGCAGGAACAUAUGAAAUUACUAUCAAAUUAAAGGAUUCUUCAAACAGUAAUGCUUAUAAUAAAUAUUCAUUUAAGGUUACCGUGAUACCAAGCAUAUAAUUGAACAUUUCUGAGGUAAAUCGAAUUUAAUCGAUUAAAGACUAAAUAAAAGGAUAUUUAAAGGCAAGAAUUAAAAUGGUAACCAACUAAGGACUUGUUUAUAUCACUUUUAGCAAGAAAAUGCUCAUCUAUUCUAAUUUUGAGUAGUAGCUCAAUAAUUCACUUGAGGUAUUUUUGAUCAAGAUAAUAAAUUCUUAGCUAAGAGUAUCUAAUAAUGAAAGAGAGAUCAAAGUAGAUUAUCAAGUGAAGUUCUUCUAAGACUUGACUUUAAUACUGCAGGAAUUCGACUUUUUAAAAGUAAUAUUCUUAAGGAACUAUGAAUAUGUUUCUUUGAAUAAGCUGUUGAUUAUUCCUGAAAAGUAUGAAAUAACCUCUAUACUUCCUCCAUAAGUUUCCUCUGGUAAAUUAAUCAAAUACAGAUGA